GCCUGAUCUUGCCGGAAGAUUCGCUGGCAGAGGUGGAGAGGCUGGCUGCAGUUCGAGCGGAAGUCCUGCAAAGCUCGGAGUUGACGUUGGAGAUGAUCAGCGCCGUGGUCAUGUGGACCUUCGACGCCGGGCUGGUGUCGGAAGAAGAGAAUUUUCCCAAGGAGAAGUCUUUCCAGUAUCUCAUGAACGAGUAUGUGGACCAGCGCGACACGGAAUUCUUCUUCACGGCGCGGGGGUACUUCUACUACUUCAUGACGGCUUUGGACCUACUUCAACCAGCUGAAGGAGUGGUUUACCAAGGUAUUCCGAAAGAGCAAGCUGCAGCGGUCCGGGAGGUGCUCCUUCCAGGCUCCAUCCUUGUCUGGCGCAGCUUUAGCACGGCGCUUCAGCUUUGGGGAAACAUGGUGGUCUACGAGAAGGGUAUCGUACUCCAGAUCACGCUUCUUCCCCGCGAGCUCCGAGCGAAAGGCAUCAAGUAUGAAUCCAAGGGCCGUGACAUAAGCAAGCUCAGUGCCUUCUCGGGCUCCAGCGAGGUGCUCUUGCUGCCAAACAUCCGGCUUGGUGUCGGUCAGGAGACUGUCAAGAAAGGCAUCCCUGUGAUCGAGCUAAGGGAGAUGGAGGAGGACACGGCAAGCACCUUGAACGCCGAAGACUUCGACUGA